CAUUCAUGCCCGUGCUAUUGUAGACGGAGCAAGUUGUACAGAAUAGGUACCUCUUACUCCACAUAUCUUAUUCGUCAUUGGAAGGUACCACUUACCGCCGACCUUUUGCUAGACGAAAGUACAUAAGCGGACCUUCUUAAUUUGUAUCGUACCGUAAAUAGUUGCAAUUCCAGCCCAGAUUAAGUCCAGCGCCGAAGGCUCGACAACCAAAAAGACAGAAUAAAAAAACCUAUAAAAAAAGAAACUGCCUAUCUGUCUGUCCCGUCUGCCGUCCUCUCACCAUAUCUCAAUCAAUAUACCACAAUUCGUAUCGGUUCCAAAUACAACAGGCUCGAGAAUGUCCAACACCGAUUUUCUCAGUCGAGCGAUCGACACAGUACAUCGUGCUGUGACCGCCGAUAAGGAGGCCGAAUACGAAAAGGCCUAUCAACUCUACUACCAGUCCCUCGAGUUAUUUAUGCUGGCCUUAAAAUGGGAGAAGAACCCCAAGUCGAAGGAAAUGAUCCGUCAGAAGACGGGCGAAUACAUGGACCGCGCCGAAAAGUUGAAAGCCCACCUCGCCGAUGCCGAUGCGAAGCGUAAGAAGCCUGGUUUGGUUGGAGCUAAUGGCUCUUCAACAGGCGGAACGGGCAAGGGGAAGCAGAAUGGCGAAGAUGGCGUCGACGAGGAUAGCAAGAAGUUGAGGAACGCUCUCGCCGGUGCUAUCUUACAGGACCGGCCGAAUGUUAAAUGGGACGAUGUUGCUGGACUAGACGGCGCAAAGGAAGCAUUAAAAGAGGCUGUAUUACUACCCAUCAAGUUUCCUAACCUAUUCCAGGGGAAGCGCAAACCGUGGAAGGGUAUUCUGCUUUACGGUCCUCCCGGUACGGGUAAGAGUUACUUGGCAAAGGCAGUCGCCACAGAGGCAAACAGCACAUUCUUCAGCGUGAGCAGUAGUGACCUGGUGAGCAAAUGGAUGGGUGAAAGCGAAAGGCUAGUCAAGCAGCUCUUUGCUAUGGCGCGAGAAAACAAGCCAUCCAUCAUCUUCAUCGACGAAGUCGACGCUCUCUGCGGCCCCCGAGGCGAAGGCGAAUCCGAAGCUUCCCGAAGAAUCAAGACCGAGAUGUUGGUGCAAAUGGAUGGUGUUGGUAAAGACUCGACGGGCGUCUUGGUAUUAGGCGCAACCAACAUCCCCUGGCAACUAGACGCUGCUAUCCGAAGGCGAUUCCAACGAAGAGUACACAUCAGCCUCCCAGAUCUUGCUGCAAGGACAACCAUGUUCAAGCUGGCCGUGGGAGAAACACCAACAACGCUGAAGAACGAAGACUACCGGGAAUUAGCAAAACUUGCCGAGGGUUAUUCAGGAAGUGAUAUUACCAUUGCUGUACAAGAUGCUCUCAUGCAGCCAAUACGCAAGAUUCAACAAGCCACACAUUUCAAAGAGGUACAAAAGGAUGGGAAGACAUUCGUAACACCAUGCUCGCCAGGGGAUCCCCAGGCGAAAGAAAUGACAUGGGAUGACGUUGAUCCAGAUAAGCUGCUGGAACCUCUGGUCGACUUCAAGGACUUCGUAAAGGCCAUCAAGUCAUCAAGGCCGACGGUUUCUACAGAGGAUCUCAAGCGGAAUUCGGAAUGGACCAAGGAGUUUGGAAGCGAAGGGAACUGAGGAAGAAGGCUACGGAGCGCACCGGCAUUACAAGGCGUUUUGGGCGAACUUCAUCAUUGUUUGGGCACUUUGCGGUUACCUGUUCGAGGUCGUUGGCCAUUGAUAUAUGUAUGAUUGUUUGUGCUAGAUAUCAUGACAACUGAUAAUUACCGACCGUACUUCUUAGAAACAUACUAAUAAUAGAUACCAUACAGUCGAAAUCAUCUACGUCAACUUU